AUGGGCGCGCAGUGCGCAAGGCUGCUCCGCGAUCGCGACGCCAGGAUACGGGAGCUCGAGAAUACAAUGCAGCUCAUGGUGCAGCAUAAGACCGAACUUGAAAGCAUGCACAAGGCGGAUAUGGAUAGUGCCAACAGCGUGUGGGAUGCAAAAAUGCAGGGGGAGAAAGCCAGGCAUGAAAAGGAGAUGGGAAAGAUGAGGGACAGGCUCAAGCGCGCCAAUGACGAUCUGGAGGAGCAAAGUGGUUACAUGCAGAGGCUCGCGGAUAAGUUGAGUGUGUCGACUCAGAAUGAGAAGAGGCUCGAGGUCAAGGUGCAGAGGUUGCAGAAUGAGAUCGAUCACAUCGAGGACGUAGAACGUAUCACGCGUGGGGUCGACAAUUUCUCGGUGUCGGGCGAUGAGACAUCGACUCCGGGAUAG